UCGUGCGCAUGUGGGUUUAACCGCGCAGUGAUUAUGAAAAAUUGGUGUUAAAUUCCAUGCCUCCACUAAUGUUUUUAAACUGAAAACAAAGAAAAUAUCAAACUAGACAAAGCGACGAGUGCGGAUGUGUCGACAACGAAAAACGGGCAGCUGAAGGCCGGCCCGGCCUGAUGGCGAACAUAGCAGUGCGCACACUAUUCGUGACGGCAUUUCUGGCCACUGUUGCGGAUGCUGGCGCAGCACGUUUCGGCGAUCGCUUGGCACCCCGCGUGCCCGCUCCUUACGCACCACGCAAUGCGCCCGCAGCGCAACACUAUGUUGAUAAUGAAGAUGACGAUUUAUACGAACAAGAAUAUGAUGAGCACGACAAUCGUAAUGAAGAAGAUGACCUACCAUUAGCUAUCAAACAACAACAAAGUCUUCCUCGACGACCAACGCGUACAGAAGCUCAUCGCCUCGAAAUGAGCACUGAAUAUUUCGUGAUACCUGAGCGUUCAUCACCGAUUCCCACACCGUCAUCAACCGCGCGCACUAUUGCUGCAUCAACGUUACGGCCGUCGAAUACAACACCAACCCAGAUAACACCAUCACCGAAAGUCACCAUUCUAAGAGAAGAAUCUUGGGCAGUGCCUAUCUUAGCACUAGCUUGUGCAAGCAUGGUCAUAAUUGGUGGUUUUGAAGCCUUUAUUGUGUGGGGAGCAAGUAAAAAGGCCCCCAGUCAAAGGCACUUGCUUUUAGGACAAAGCUUAUUAUUGGGACUUUUUACAUGUGCAGCUACGGCUGCACUAUUCACCGCUGCACCCACUGCAUUUACAUGUGGUGCCGUUCGAUUUGGAACAGGCGUUGCCUACGUAAUUGUGUUUGCAUCACUACUUGUAAAAUGUGUAUUCUUAUUAAGUUUAAACGGUGGAGUGUACUUACCGGCAGCUUACCAAGGAUUGUUAUUAUUUUUUUCUGUAAUGAUCCAAGUGGCCAUUGGUGCACAAUGGUUAGGUGGUUCACCACCACGAGUGACAAUUGGAGCAACAAAAUGUGACUCAUCUCUAUCAGACUUACUGCUUUCAUUGUGCUAUGCAGCAUUUUUAAUCGCAGUUGUUUGUGGAGUAGCUCUGCGAUCACGGGGUAUACGUGACAACUACAGAGAAGCGACACACAUUGCAGGAGCUGGAGGUGCAACGGCCGCAGUAUGGAUCUGUUGGAUAGCAGCGGCCCUAGGGGCACCUGAACAACAUAGGGAAGCAUGUGUUGCAGCAGGAUUAAUAGGCACAUGUGUUGUAGUAUUUGCGCUAAUGUUUGCGCCGAAAGGACGACGACUAGCGGCAUUGGGACGAGAGGGUCGAUGGGAUGCAGACCGUGAAGAGGGACUUAGCUCAAUAGGCGCGGGUGGUUCCGGUUACUCCCCCUCUUUUUUCCACUUCAAACCAGUCAAGUAUGGUAUGGUGUCAGCUGCAGCUCCUGGGCCAGCUAUGCCGCCUAUGCUCGACCGCAAGGAACCCCCUGCUCAGCCAGCCGAUCAAUACGGAGCUAAGUUCGCCGGUUCACUCCUGCACGCACGCUCACUGUGUCCUCCGCUACACUACCCUCUGCACCCACUAACGCAUUAUCACUACAAUUUUCCUCCUUAUCAUUACCUUCUACCGCCAGGCGUGAUGAUGCGUCCGGAGGAGGGCAACGUGUACACGAGCGUAGAGCCCACCUUCAGCAGCAACCCCAACGUCUUCUUCCAACGGACAGAGCCGUUGCACGUCGGCAUGAUGUACUGAGCAUCUGGCAAACCAGCGUUCCAACGCGAACAGUGAGAUUUGACAGUGCAACUGCUAGUCACUACUUGGUAAUUGUUAUGCAUUAUUAGCAUUCUGUACCAAAUUUGAUAAAAACGGAACAUUUAUUUUUGUAUCACUACCCUUCUGUCAAAUUAUUUCUGAACAAAACGAUAUACGCCAGAAAUAUGAAACUUGGCAUAAUUAGUUAAGGAUCGCUAUGACCCAAUGCCAAAUUAUAGAUAUGAAUGAAUCCCAUCGAGUAUCGAAGUGUGUAUAUCACUUUCCCUAUAUAGUUAAACUUAUAUUAAUUAAUUAAAGGUAUCCAGCCUAGUUAUACCUUAAUUAUUCUCCGAAAAACCUGAAAAAUUAGUAAGUUUAAAAUGAUGGCAGUAUUGAGCAUAUAUAAUUAUAAGUAUUAUUUAACUUGUCCCAAACUGCACUAUCAUAUAAAUUCAAAAAAUUGAGAGCUCGUUUAAUAUAAGUGAAAGUGGUAAUCUAGUUUCAGUAUGAUAUAUUAAACAGCCAUGUUACGGAACACUUAUUUCGCGAAGUCGAAUUCACACUUCAUUUUAAUAUUUACAAUUUUUAACUAUAAAUUAACUUAAAACUGUAUAAUUUCGCAUUCUACUUGUUUUAUUUAUUCAAUUCAUAAAUAGGUUGCAAUUAAUAUUAAUCUCGAACUCUUGAAAGUUGCUUUUAAAAUACAUUUUUAUUUAACAUUACAUCUGCUAUCCUUUGAAACAAUUAAUAUAGUGUUUUUAACAUAUGGUCGCAAAAUUUGUAGCAGAGCAACGUAUGAGUAAAUCUAAAUAAUCACAAAUUUCAUUUAAAAAAAUCAUUGCAAAAUUAAGCACAAUUUUCAAAUGUCAUCAAUACGAAAUAAAUAACUAAAAAUACUUGUACCAUAUUAGACUGUCUCUGUCUGUCUUUUUACUUUCAAAUUUAGUAUCAACAGAUUUAAAAUUGACUAUAUUUAUAACAAUUUAAUUUGUUAAAUUUAACAUUGUGAUUUUAACAUUAUGUGACCCACCCCUAUUUUGACAACAUGUAUUAUUUAGUUCCAAUUAGAUAUAUUUCUAGAUGUAAGGUAAUACUAGUUAAUUGUUCUGAAAGAUUGUAAAUAAAACAAAAAGACUG